GAUGCUAAGUGAGAUUGAAACAGUAGAGAACAUUCCUGAGUUUAUUGAGGCUGUAAAGAACAGGAAGUGAAAGAUGUCAGGUUUCAGACACCGUGUCUACAAAAACUAUGAUCCGAGAGGAAAAGUGAUAAAGAAAUUGGCGGAGGAAGUAUUUUCCAUUUUUGGUCGUGAUCCCCUUAUUAAGAUAAGCAACAAGGGUGCUUUCAUCCGUUAUGAAGCUCCUGAUUUGAAGCCAAACAUUGUUACAUUCUGAGGGGUGGUGAGUACCUCUGCAUUGUGAUAUCCCUUUUUAAAAUUUCAAAUUGCAAAUCAUAACACUCUGUAACAAUACCUUUUUGUUUGUGAUUGACAGCCUCAUCCUGAUGUCAAGCCAAUGGCAUAUGCAAACAACUUUCUUCGGCUGUUCCAAUAACUUACAUAUUUGUCU